AUGCGGCACAGUGCGCUUCACCGCUCCGCGGACUACGGCCGCAAACCGCCGAAUUCCGCCGUGGAUAUUUGCGGAUGGGCGAUCCGUCUGCCGAAUGCGCGGGGCUUGCCGACAAUCCACCCAGCCGCCGUCCCGCGCGUGCACCUGCUGGCGCUCACGCCAGACCACUUCCCUGUGUCGGAGGAGCUGGGCAAGGCGGGCGUGUGCGUGGAGGAGCGCAUGAGGCGCUUCCUGGCCGGAGAAGAGAGGCCGGCCGGCGAGGGUUGCGCGGUGGUUCCCGUCGCUGAGAAGAAGCACCCUAAACUGUAG